GCCCAGGAGGGAUAACGCGAGCAUGGAAAAGCUGACUUGAAACGUUCGUUCUACACUAGUGGAUGUUGAAGAAAGGAUAUCAAGCAGAAAGUGAAACGCAUUUUUUUCGCAAAGUUUUUGGGAUGUGAAAGCUGGUUUUAGAACAGCAAUUUUUUAUGUAGUGUGCAUACAAUAGAAAUACGGUGAAAUUCAUUUGAUGUGUGAAGUAGUGAAUCGCGCGUAGAACUCCUUGAGUCACUGCAGGCACAAGAAAUUAGGUUACCGUGAUUUUUCUUCCUUUAUUAGUAUUACUUCGAUGUCGGCGUAGUGAAACCAACAUAAAAGUUAGCUCCAAAGUAUUAAAUUGAAGAAAAAAUGUGUAUAGCAAGGAUGUACGCCCGGAAAAUUAUUUGAAAAAACUUUAAAGAAAGUCGUUUAAAGUGUUAAAUACGGAUAAACAUAUAUAGGCGGUGCUUUUGUGUUUCCUAUACAUUCAAAGCUGUAAAAUGUGAAGAGAUUGUAUAUCUCCGGUUUCCGAGUUUUUUUAAGCGGAAAAUGAGUUUUUAUAAUGGUGUAUAAUAAAUGGUGAUAUUCAGUAUUAUAUUAAAAGGUUGAAAGAAAAAAAAAUUUCAAUUGGGUCUGCCAAUCGCAGAACAUAAAGGAAUGAACUUUGCAUAGUGCGUUAGUGUUCCUAAGCCAUAUUUGGAUUAAACCAUAUAAAUCACAAGAUCAUCGCUGGGAGUAGCUGCUGUCGAUUUACUUAGCAGCAUAAUCGACACGUGAACCAUCUCCCGUCAACAUGCACGCGGUCGGUAUUCAUUCGGCGCUGGCCAUCAAGCGCCAGCGGAAGCGAAGGGACGUCCAGCGGAAAGCCCGCGAACGCCGCUACAGUAUACAGAGCUCGGAGAGUGGCGAUACGCAUUCGCCCCAUGGUUCGACGCGACGAAGUUUCCACCCGCACAAAGUGCACGUCCAGGAUCAAAGUAUUUUAGAUACAAAAGUAGUCACGACCAUUGGUAUGAUGCACAUAGGAGUCGUAUUCGUAGUAUUCGGAAUCUUUUUACUAGGGGCUGGAUUUUUUCCGACCAAUUUAACGAACCAACCAACGCAAUCGUGGCAUUUGCUGGGAAAAGGAUCCUGGUGGAACGAACUAGUAUGCACGGGACUAUUCGCCAUUGGUCUCGGACUUUUUUUCAUCAUAUUAAACUGUGUGAUAAGCAAUCGAGAGGAACAGGACCUCGAAGAUUAUGUCCAACGGCAGCUCACACGAUCGAGAUCGGGUCAUCGAUUGGAGCGUGAUGUCGAGACUGGUGGCCUUACGACACGCCAUCACCGCAAGGCUAUGCAAAUACAGAAAGGUGCUGCCGACAGAGGUCUAGACGAUCUAUCAAACUCGAACAUUCUUCUAACGCCAACUAGCAGCGAAGGGGCGACUCCAACAACACCUUCGGGAGUGUUAGGAGCAUCCGGAGAAAUUUUAUUGGAGAAAAUCCUAGAAGAAGAUAGCAGUUACGGUGAUCCAGAUUACUAUUCGCGAAAUGCCGGACAAUCACCACCCGGCGUGGAUAAUGACAAACGACUGCUGCUUGGCAAUGGUCACACCGGCGCCAUCCAUAUGACCGAUAUUUAAAUCAUUGCGCUAUUUUGGCGCCUAACUAGGAAUCGACACAAAGCCAACCAAUAUCACAACCUUGUUAUCAUCCGAAUAGCACCGGUCCCCUAGAACAUCCUCCGUGCAUCCGCAUCGUAAGUAAAUAACAACAACAGCAGUACGUACAUAUAGGUCAAGGCAUUUUCUCUUACCAGUUCACUAGUUUUUUCGCUAAAUAGAUAAUAAUGAACAAAUAAACACAUUAGUUGGUUGGAUGGAAUACACAAACAUAUAUAAGCGCAACCAAAAUUAAUCAAAUCACUACCCCAUUAUCAUGCACGGACCGGACUUGAACUACGGAGUUCUAUCAACGGUGGGUUGUCGAUAGACGUUCUGUAAGACACUUGUGAACACCAUCUGUUGAUCUUGAACAAACCACAAGCUUUCACAUUGUUCAUGAGCUUCACAGAGCCGUUUUUCUUCAGCCCACAUAAAGAUUCUCGAUGAAACCAUAGACAGGUAGUUCUUUAAAACUGUAAUACUCAUAUACAAGAACUUGAAUAUCCACAUAGAUCGGAGUGAAACAAACUGAAACGAAGUAUGAGACCGAGGAAAUGUACCAUGUCGAUCAUUCAAAAUGCAUAAAAACUCCAUUGCCGUUGAAUUCUAGUCAUGACUCAUACAUGAACUAAAUUCAUAACCAAUUGCUAAGGAUAAGCAGUCACGUAUAAUCACAUAACUCUUUUAUAGCUCAUAUUUCAUAACUUAUAUCGAAUAAAAAUAGGCACAAAGCUAGCUUUCGAAAUGAGGUUUAAUUGAUAAUCACAUUUACAAAACAAAAACGAAAAUGGAUUUGAUUUCAUAUUACGCAAGUUUAGUUCACGUCUACGCUUUCCUACUCGUCGAAAAUAGCAUAUGUAGUUGUGUAUAGUAAAGUGAGCAUUAUUAUAGAACAGAUUUUUUAUGAUAACAGAAAAACGCUAAGAGAAUAAAUGCUUAUAUAGGUAAAUGUUUUUAUUUUAACUUUUGAUGUUUAUGACCAGAUGUCGCAUAUAAAAAAAAACACACAACAGACGUCGAACAUAGUUGACUAAAUUUCAGAGCUAUUAAAACUUGACAUAACUAACUUGAUACAAUUGACGAAAUUAGCGAAAGACGCAUUUACUAAGCGAAGUAUAAAGAAUCUAUUCAAAAGACACCAUUAGAGACGUGCCUAUCUGUAGAGCACGAGCUGUAAAAUUUUCAAACAAAACUAUGCCCGGAAGACUGUAUUUAAACGCUACUCUGUAUUUUCGAUGUUUUUUCGGUAAUUAAACAUUUACUAGCUCCAAUCGUUUGUUGACACUUUUGCAUAAUAUCAUCAGAGCCUGUCCCAUCUUCAGACUAGUCUUUUUCAAUGUGGCCUGUGUUAAACCAAAGAGGACGUUCUGAUAUACAUUAGAGUGGUCCAAACAAAGUUUUUCGUGCGAUAAUGCCCUCCCUAACCGAAUUUUGAAAAUUUACGCAAAAUCAACAAAUUUAAACUUAGUUUUUUAGCGUGUCGGAUUCUUCUAAUCAGUAACUAGCACUAUCUUGGUGGCAGUUAGAUGUUAAAUCUAAACUAGCACCAAAAUUAGCACUAGUUAGACGUAUGUAUGACUUUUUGGAUUUAGGAUUGAGCGUCUAACUAGUGCUAAUUUUGAUGAUAGUUUAGAUGUAUCCUCUAACUCGCACCAAGCUUGUGCUAGUUAUUGAUGAGAAGAAUCCAAAACGCUUUAGAGUUAGGCAUUGUGCCUCUCCGCACCAAAAAUAUUUCUUUUGCAAAGAAAUUUAAUCUGUUUCUUUCAUUAACCCUUAAAUGCAUGAAACUCAUUUUUCCUUGGUACUC